CAAUGCUUGAGAAAGAGCGUGGGACGCAAAAGCAGCUGGAAAAUCUUGUUUGUUGUCGUCAUAAAUUAUUGGCUGGAAAUGUGGCAAAGUUGGGGGAGUAAGAUUAGUCACACUUGCCAGUGAGUAGUGGUUGAUGUUGCCCUCCGGGAAUUUAGAGGCGUGUGCCCCACGGAAACGACAGAUUUGGACAUGAAACAAGUUGACUUGGAAAUUGAGGAGAACCUGGAACGCCACCGGACGUCCGGCUUCUGCCACUCCAAAGCUCUGGUACUCCGAAGGGGCUCGCCGUUCAGAGUCAGCCUGCCUAUGAAUGAUUGCCCUUUCAACUCCCGCACCGACACGCUGAGGAUCAAGGUCAUGCUUGGCCGCCUGUAUGUGACCAUGUCCGUCACACUGUCUAAAAACAUUUCUUCAUCUCGUUGGGUGGCCUUUCUGGACCCCGAGAGCCUGGACGUGAGCAAGCCAUCGGUGUUCAUCUGCGCCCCGGCCUCGGCCUCGGUGGGCUGCUACACUUUUAAAGUGUUGGGGUUUGCCCAAAAAAAGGUGAAAUUUCGCGCUUUGGGCAAAUUCAUUCUGCUCUGCAACCCCUGGUGUCGUGCCGACAGCGUGUACAUUCCCUUCGAGGACCAGAGGGAGGAAUACGUCCAGAAUGACACAAGUUUGCUCUUCAUGGGGACGGCUAGCAACGUGGUGUCCAGACCCUGGUCCAUGGACCUGUUUGAGCCAGAUGUCCUGGAAGCGUGUCUCAACUUGCUCAAUAUCAGCCCUCAGCACCAACGCAAGAAGAGGACGGAUUACCUGCACCGCAACAACCCAGUCUACAUCAGCCGAGUCGUUUCAGCCAUGAUCAACUGCGAGGAUGACCGCGGUGUGCUGAAAGGCAACUGGUCAGGCGACUUCAGCGGCGGGGUCCACGCGUCCAAGUGGACAGGUAGCGGAGACAUCCUGAGGACCUGGGCUCAGUCCGGCUACCGACCCGUCAAGUACGGCCAGUGCUGGGUGUUCGCCGCCGUCAUGUGCACAGUCAUGCGCGUCCUUGGAAUCCCGUGCCGCGUCGUCACCAACUUCAACUCGGCUCAUGAUACCAACGGCAACCUGGUGAUCGAGGAGUUCUACAGCGAGACGGGAAAGAAGCUGAAGAGCACCAAAGACUCAAUAUGGAACUUUCACGUGUGGGUGGAGUGCUGGAUGAGUCGACGGGAUUUGGGCGGCGGAGACAUGGACGGCUGGCAGGCUCUGGAUCCCACCCCGCAGCACAGGAGCAGAGGUGUGUUCUGCUGCGGGCCGGCUCCCGUCAAGGCCAUCAAGGAGCGCCGCGUGGACCUCUUCUACGACAUCCCUUUCGUUUACGCCGAGGUGAACGCCGACGUCCACACGUGCGUGGUGAGCCAGGGUCGCGUGCUGAGCCGCAGCGUGGACACGGAGAGAGUGGGGCCGCUCAUCUGCACCAAAGCCGUGGGUUACCCCAGGCUGCACAACAUCACCCCGGAAUAUAAAAACGUCAAAAGCCCCUAUUCAACACUCUCCUCAAACGGUUCCUGCCGCUCAGAGAGCUCCACGCUGAGACGAGGCACAGGCAAGCUGGUUGGCAUCCUGACCCUGGACAAAACUCCCGUGGCUGGUGCCGUCAUCCACAUUACCCUGAAGGUCAUCAACAGGCAGCCCGUGGCCAAAAUGCUCAAGGUCCACAUCAACGCGCAGAUCAAAGAAUACAACAACAGCCCUGCAGACACUUUCUGGGAAAACCACAGUGUGCUACACUUGGGACCCCUGGAAGUGAAGGUCCUUAAGCAGCAAAUUCUUCCGGACCAAUACGAGGACGCGGUGGGGGACGACCUGGUCAACCUGGCGGCCGUGCUGGAGGACAUGGCCACUCACGAGCGCCUGCUGGCCUUCGAGGAGUUCAAUGUGGCCACUCCGGAGCUCGUCAUUCAGGUUGAGGAUGAAGACAAGUUGGUGCUGCACCAGGAGCAGAUUGCCAACGUGACCUUCACUAACCCGUUCUCCCAUCCCGUAAGCGGAGUGCUGAGUGUGUCCGGCGCCAGCCUCCUCCAAGGCCACAGCCACUUCAGAAUGUUUGCGCUGCGUCCCGGCCAAAGUGGAAAGCAACGCAUCGCCUUUGUCCCCAGCAUGACGGGAACUAAGAUGCUUCAGGCUUUGCUGAGCCUCUCCAACAAGUCCACCGUCAGAGGAUUCAAGAUGAUCUCCAUCCGCCCUCUUUAAAUCAACAUGCUUUCUGAUUUACCGUCAAAUGUGAAUGCGGCCGUCGUACGCUCGCAAAAUGACAACGUAGGCUUUUUUAAACUGACAAGCUGUGACAUCAAGAAAUGUGUACAACGUAUACGUAUGUACACUAUUUUGUGCAUUUAAUCAUUUAUAGCACGGUACGGAAGUCCAAUUCAUUUUGUACAUUUCUAUUAUUUAUUCUGUCUCCAAACCAUGAAUCCAAUUGAAUUAGCUGCAUACUACUCAUAUUUACAACACGUAGAAGAAAUCAGGAAUGUUUCCUUUACUGAUAUUUGUGUUAUAAACAGUAAUUAAAAGGCAUCCUCAUUUUGAAAAUGGAUGAUCAAUAUUA